GAAUUCCGUAUCAUUAUUUUUGGGGUUUUUCCGGGGAAAUAUAAUAUACACCGACCACAGUUGAAAGUAGAGAAGAAACAGUUUGUUUCAUUUUCCACACCGAAAAUCCAUGGCGUCCAAAAUGAAGCUCCUCUCUCUCCUCCUCCUCUUCUCUCUCCUAAACCUCUGCGCCUCAUCAUCCCCCACCGACCCACCGGCUCCGAAGCCGACGGUCUACGAAAUCCUGCCCAAAUUCAGCCUCCCCAGCGGCCUCCUGCCGGACUCCGUCGUCAGCUACACUCUCUCAGACGACGGCCAAUUCGAGGUCUAUUUGGAGAAACCCUGCUACAUACAGUUCGAUUACUUGGUCUAUUACGACCAGAAGAUCACCGGGAAGCUCAGUAUCGGCUCGAUCAGCGAUUUGAAGGGAAUUCAGGUGCAGAGAUUCUACUUCUUCUGGUUCGAUGUCGACGCGAUCAAGGUUGACUUGCCGCCUUCCGGCAGCAUCUACUUCACCGUUGGGAUCAUCAACAAGGAGCUCGAGGUUGACCAGUUCUUGACUGUUCGUUCCUGCAAGGAUAAUGCCGUGACUUCGAGGCCGGUUGUUGAGAUUCCAACUUCAGUGGAUGACAUCCCGAUGCUUGUAACGGAAUAGCCUACUGAAAGUAAGUUCCUUAUCUGAGGAUGCUGGCAAUGUAAUCGUUGACUACUAUGCUCAUGCAGUGUAACUAUCUAGUUAUAGUAUAUGUGGCUAAGCUCAAGCUGUCUCUCUCUUUUACACGAGGAAGCAAGGAGGUCGCGUUUUAUGUACUAUAUCAAACUUUUAUCCGAGUCUGAGAUCUGAGUAUGAGAAGCAGAAACUUGUAUUUGAAUAUGAUGGAAUGAAAUCUGAAAUAAUAUUGUCCUACAUUUGACUUA